UCGGGCUAGAACCGGGGCCUGCGGACUCUGAGCAGUGCUCUUGGAGCUCAUGGUCAGCACAUCCCCAGCCCCCACUCCGACUAAUCCUGGGCCUGGAGUGCGGGGCUGAUCUCGGCCUCGGACGACCCCUGGGAUCCGGGGCGCGCUUGGGGAUCUUCGGCUCAGACCCCGGAAGCGCCGCGCAGCUCCCGGGAGCGGAGAGAGCGCUCGGGGUUGUCACUUUAAAUUAAAGACAGAGCGGGCGGGCGAGCGCCAGGGAGCGCGCGACGGGCUCCUGGGAGCGUGCCCGGACUGCGGCGCAGCUCCCGACUGCCGCCCCGGCCCGGCCGAGCCCCCGGCCCGCGCCGUGCUCCUCCCAGGCGGGCGCGGGGCGACACUGCAGGGGUGGCUCCGCCGGCGACCGCCGGGCUUGGCGCCGGUGCGUGCGCGCUGCGGGAGGCCGGCGAGAGCUGGGAGCCGGGAGCCAGGAGCCCGAGCCUGAACCCGAACCGGAGCGGCGGCCCCUCCGCGGAGCCGGGUCUCACCCCCGGCGGCAGCCGUCAUGGCUGUGGACGUGGCAGAAUACCACCUGAGCGUCAUCAAGAGCCCCCCUGACUGGGAGGUGGGUGUCUACGCUGCUGGGGCCCUGGCACUGCUGGGAAUUGCAGCUGUGAGCCUGUGGAAGCUCUGGACGUCGGGGAGCUUCCCCAGCCCCUCCCCGUUCCCAAACUAUGACUACAGAUACCUUCAGCAGAAGUAUGGUGAGACCUAUGCAGAGGCCAGGCAGAAGAGAGUACCGGCCUGGAAUGCGCAGCGCCCCAGCACUAGAGGGCCCCCCAGUCGCAAAGGCAGCCUCAGCAUCGAGGACACCUUUGAAAGCAUCAGCGAGCUGGGGCCCCUGGAGCUGAUGGGCCGCGAGCUGGACCUGGCCCCCUACGGGACCCUCCGGAAAUCCCAAUCGGCCGACUCCCUGAACUCCGUCUCCUCCGUGAGCAACAACUUCGGGCAGGACUUCACGCUGGGCCAGGUGGAGGUGAGCAUGGACUACGACGCCGCCUCCCACACCCUCCACGUGGCUGUGCUGCAGGGCAAGGACCUCCUGGAGCGGGAGGAAGCCAGCUUCGAGUCCUGCUUCAUGCGUGUCAGCCUGCUGCCGGACGAGCAGAUCGUGGGCAUUUCCCGGAUCCAGAGGAACGCCUACUCCAUCUUCUUUGAUGAGAAGUUCUCCAUCCCGCUGGACCCCGCAGCCCUGGAGGAGAAGAGCCUGCGGUUUUCGGUGUUUGGUAUCGAUGAAGAUGAGCGGAAUGUGAGCACAGGGGUGGUGGAGCUGAAGCUCUCUGUCCUUGACCUCCCGCUACAGCCCUUCAGUGGCUGGCUCUACCUGCAGGACCAGAACAAGGCCGCCGACGCCGUGGGCGAGAUCCUGCUGUCCCUCAGCUACCUCCCGACGGCCGAGCGCCUUACCGUGGUCGUGGUGAAAGCCAAGAAUCUCAUCUGGACCAACGACAAGACCACAGCGGACCCCUUCAUCAAGGUGUACCUGCUGCAGGAUGGGAGGAAGAUGAGCAAAAAGAAGACAGCUGUGAAGAGGGACGACCCGAACCCGGUGUUCAAUGAAGCCAUGAUCUUCUCCGUGCCAGCCACUGUGCUCCAGGACCUGUCUCUCCGUGUGACGGUGGCUGAGAGCAGCAGUGACGGCCGUGGGGACAACGUGGGCCACGUCAUCAUUGGGCCGUCGGCCAGUGGCAUGGGCACCACCCACUGGAACCAGAUGCUGGCCACGCUGCGCAGGCCCGUGUCCAUGUGGCACCCCGUCCGGCGAAACUAGCAGCCGGGGCAGGGCCGGGGCAGGCACCAGAGCCUGGCACGAGCCGAGCUCUGACACCCUUCUCUGUCGUCCGGCCGGAACCAUGAACGCCAGGGUCCCCGGUGGAGCCCCCAUGAGCCAUCAUGAUCCCUCUGUGCAAGCUGCGGUGGAGGAACGGGCCUGGCUGGAUGUCAGGGGACCCAGGGCUGUCUCCCACUGAGGACCGGCUGUGGCUGGGCCGGGACCCGGGGAGCACAGCCAGGCAUCGGCCCCCUGUGCCCCCAUUUUCAGAUCCCCAGCAGGUCUGUCCCUUGGUCUUGGGGGGCCUUGGCCUCUCAGAGCUCCCCACACCCCACCCCUGCUGGGAAGCCAUGCACAGGGACCCUGUGAGUCUUGGGGGCCGAACUUGCUGUGCGAGGCACAGGCUGGGGUGACAUGAACAAGGCCAGCCCCUAGGACAUCAGGGAGAUGAGAUCCCCCUGCCCUGGUGAUCGUGGUGCAGAUGGCGGCCCUGCCUCGAGGACCUGUGGAGGGCUCAGGGGUCCAGGGGGGGAUGGGGGGCAACACGGCAGCUGCACUGGGAGGGGCAGGGAGAGAGCUCGGUCCCGGGCCGCAGCCCAGCCCAGGCCAAGCUGGGUAGGAUUGUGACCGCGUCACAAACGCAGUCUUCUACUGCUGCCGUGGACACAGGGCCUCUCUCUGGGCAGGAGGAGAGGCCGAGGGACCAGGCCAGGCGGUGGCCCGCAGGCCACCUGGGACAGCACCUCCAGCCUCAUCCUCUGUGAAAUCUAAUCCCUAGAACCGUAACCCUCAUAAGGCCCAGGGGUCCAAAGAGGCCCAGCCCCAGCCCAGGCCAGCCCAGGGCCAGGGGACACACAGCUGGCCAGCCCCUGCAGCCUGGGAAACCCUCCUCUCUUUUCAACCCAGAUCUGUGUUAGGCCCACACAAAUCAGGCCCUGGCUCCACUGUGUUGGUUGGUGUCCCUCCAGGCCAGGCCCUGUGGGGAAGAGAGACGCCUCAGCUGAGGAGGGCUGGGGGGCAAUGGGGUGGACAGGAUACAGACUGCCGGGGGCCUGGGAGAGGCUCUGUGGGCGCAGGCUCCGGGAGGAUGCGGUGGAGUCCCCAGGGCGGGACCUUGGAGAAGGGGUGGCCGGAGAGCUGGUCAGGAGGGGAAGUUGAGGGGGGUCAGGAUGGAGUUGGGGGGACAGGUUUGAAGCCCAGGGAAGGAAGGAGGUGGCUCUGGAGGCCAGUUCAAACCAUCAGAACACCAGAUACCCGAGGCUGAGCUCCAGAAGCAGACCCUGAGAUUCUCAGGCGAGGGGUUGACUCGGGGAAAGCCUUCAGGAGGAACAUUUAAGGCCAGGACGGAGCUCUGGGGCAAGAGGAGAGGCCGGCAGGUUGUGGCUUCAGGGGAGCCCAGCUUCGGCCCCUUGGGGAGGGGGUGCUCUGAUGUGGAUGGCACCCCAGGGGGCUCCAACCUGGAAGCCAGGGCGGGGCUGUUACAGGCCCACAGGAGUCUUUGGCUCCCACCUCACCCCAGCUGGAGGGAAGGCAUGCCCGGCCUUCCAGGUAUCACCGAGGCAAGCUCCAAGCUGCCAGAGGCAGCCCCAGAGAAGCAGGUGGGGGUGCGCCCCUCGUCCUGAGGGGUGGGGGGGCCCCUGGCCACAGGGAUGGGGGUGGGGAGGAGACCCGGUAACAUGCCCCGCGGGCCCACCCUCUGGUGAGAGGUGGGUUCUCCGGCUGGCUGCCUCUGGAGACCCAGGCUCACCCAGGUACCCCCCAGUGAGGUGGGGGGCCCCGGGGUGGUCACGGGACUGGAGGCCGGG